UUUAUUAGAAAGCAUCUUUACUGGGUAUUUUAUUUCAAGAUUUUAAAAUUUUAUAUACAUCUGGCAAAAAUCUUUUGUCAUUAAUGUAUUCUUUGUAUUUAGGAAAUACAGAGAUGUGAUUUUCUUGUCCCAACAUUUGGAAGCCUGGCGGCUUGUUCUCUGUUUAACUGUUUUAGCAAUAAACCAAUAGUAUGAUCUUCCUUUUUGGUGUAUUUCUUCAUUGGUUGUCCCCUCUUCUUACUCCAGUUACUACGCCUAGAUACUCCUCUCUUUUUGGGAAGAAUAGUUUGCUUUGGUAUUGCUUUGUAAGCCUGAGCCAACUUAUCUUUACUUCCAAUUCUAGAGUAUCGUCCAGAUUGCUUUGGCAAGAUCUUCAAACUAUUAGACCAAGGCUGAGGGUUCUUCAAUCCACGAGAUCUUUCUUUAGAUGAAUACGAAUUCAUUAUUCUCUGAAAAUUUGAAGAUGAACGAUUAGCCCCAGAGAGAGGUGUAUUUGAAAGCAGUCUUCUUCUGCUAUUUUUGAGGGUUCAAGUGAUUCCCAGUUUCAACUAUACUAGCAGCACUUCGCAACAAAGUGUCUCCUUUGACAAACGUGGUUUUGAUUCUGUUUGUAUCAAUAGCUGAGAUAUCAUAGUUUGAGGGCUCAAGGGUCAUCACAUCCUUCUUUGAAGAAGCCAGGAUCAUUUGUUCUGUACUAAAUAUAGACUCAUUACGCAAAUAGUAGUUGUCAUACAGAAUAUUUGGUCUUUCUUCAGGAGACAGUUUCGUAGUCUCUUCUUUUGUAUUUUUUUUGCUGUGGUAGUUAUAUGGCACUUUCCUCUUAUUAACAAGUUUGGACUUCUUCUUUUUAUUAUUAACAAUAAUCAACUUCGUCCGAGGGUUAUUCUUCCUCAUAGAGGGUCUCUCUUCAACAGGGUUCUGGGAUAGGUUACGAGAGAAGAAACUGUAGUCUUUUGAAGAUUUCUCUUUGCCCAGCUUUCUCUUCAGUUUCAGUUUCUUCCUGAUUCUGAUAGGUGAUGGCCUCCUCUUUUUCUUACUCUUGCUCUUGCUUUCAUCACCUAAGUCAUAUUCCUUUAAGAAGGUAUCUUGGAUUAUCUUGGUGUCUUUAAUUUCUGAGAUAGAUUCCUGCUUUUCAAGUUCGAAAUUUCAUGAGCUUCACUCAGGAUUAUAAAUAUCAUGAACUGUUGACUCAAAGGAGAUAUUCUCAAGGAUCUUUUUACGGUUUAAUUCUUUCCGAUCAACAAUAGCUGAGAUAUUUAUAAUAUCUCUUUCAAGGCUAGUGUUUGACUGUUCCCUAUCUUCUAGGUAUUUCUUAUGAGUGGAGCCUUUAGACUCAGAAUUCUGUGCUUCUCCAAUUUCUUCAAAGUUGUUUCUAGUUCCAAAGAACUUGGUGUCACUCCCUUGCUUGGGGAUAUUUAUCGAGCAAGAUUUCAUCAUCUUAUCCAAGAGACCUAUCGUAGUAAAAUUUGAGGUAAAAUGUUUCUUCAGAAUUCGUUCCGGGGAGAUCUGGGUGUUUACUAAUUUGCUCUUAUCAAGCAUUGAUCUCAUGACGCCCUGGAGACCAUGAAUCCUUGGUCCUAUUUUAUAUGAUACUUAGGUUACCAUCGAAGCUAUUUUUGUUUCUCAAGUUUUAUUUUAUUAAUCGAGUCAGAGAGAGAGUAGAACUUUCACCCUAAACCUGUCUUCCGUAAAGUUUCGGAUCGAGUAUUAGCUGCACUAAAAAUUGUAUUCUGGUUGAUGGUUUGUUUAAAAGAGCUCAUGAGCAUAUCUCCAAGCUUUUUUGAUCUGAUUGAGACCUCAAGGGAGGGGAAAUCAUUUUCCUUACAUUUGCUGAGUAAAUUAUUUAUGAAUUAAUUUUUCAACUACAAUAUUAGUACGUGCACAAUAUAAGCAGUCAAAUACUGGUUUGAUCCCGUCAUGGUUCGAGUGAUCGUGCUUUGUCUGGAUUGGCUGCUGCCCUCAAUUUUGAUUUAUAGGUUUUCUUUGCUCUUUAGGUUCCUCUUGAAAUCUUUUAUCGUUAAUUAUGGGUACUCUUUGAGACACAGCCCGGUGAUGCACCUGGUCAUUUGUUAAUUUAAGCAAGUUUUUUGGUGAGCUCUCUUCUUUGGGAGAGACCAAGAUGUUUGAAUCCCCGAAAGAUCCUGAAUCAUCUUCUUCGUUUAUGAUUUCUGAAAAAUCAACUCCUGGGAGUGGAUCGUCCAUUUCUUAUGUAGUAAUUAUAUAAUAAUUU